GGAAUGCAAUGAAUUUAAAUGGAGACGUCAGCUGUCACAUUUCAAUCGCGGCAGUGUCAUUAAGGAGGGUCAAUGCAGCGCUCACCCCAGCUCCCGUUGUCGCGAUAUUACCUUCAAGGUUUAUUGACAAGGUAAUUAGCCAGAUGGGACCCUUGUGGUAGCCAGGCUGAACGGAGGUGCCGCGGCUUUUAUGUCUUCCUCCUGCGGAAGAACACAGCUAUUCACCCCUCGUUUACUAAACCAAACAGUCGCGUGUCUUCGUUUAGCAACGCCGAGCCUGCAGAAGGUUCCCCUGUCUCUCAUUGUUUGGAUGACUGCAGCCACUCAUGGCGCUCAUUCAUGAACCUCGCGCCCCCUCUCCCUCUCUCUCCGGUUUCAACACUCCCCUCUCCGAUCCUCCAUCCUUCCGGCGGCUCGAUGCCGAGACCCCCUGCACCCCGGAAAUGGACCUGACCCCGACCCAGUGCGUCCUUCGCAACGUCCUCUCCAUAGACACCGGGGCGGCGGUGGAGGCCGGGGUCCGGGGGGGGGAGGCGCAGACGGCCGGGCACAGCCAGACGCCGGGAGACGAACAACAGGAGCACUUUGCCAACAGCGUCCUGAAGCUCCACGACCACGACGGCAGCCCUGGAAGGACCGAGGGAGAGCGGCAGGAGUCGGACACCAGCGCCGUGAGGAGCCAGGCGGACGACGCCAGGCUUCAGUGCCAGUCCACCGGAGGGGGAGGGGGGUUUCUGGAGGGGCUCUUCGGGUGUCUGCGGCCAGUCUGGACCAUGAUUGGCAAAGCCUACUCCACGGAGCACAAGCACGACCUGGACGAAGCAUGGGAGGUCCCGUUUGAGGAGAUAUCAGACCUGCAGUGGGUGGGCAGCGGAGCCCAGGGCGCCGUCUUCCUGGGGAAACUGCACGGACAGGAAGUGGCAGUGAAGAAAGUGAGAAACAUCAAGGAGACGGACAUCAAGCACCUGCGCAAGCUCAAACACCCCAACAUCAUCACAUUCAAGGGUAUUUGUACUCAGGCUCCAUGUUACUGCAUUAUCAUGGAGUACUGUGCCCAGGGACAGCUGUAUGAGGUGCUGCGGGCCGGCAGGAAGAUCACGCCGUCGCUGCUGAUGGACUGGGCCAUGGGCAUCGCUGGCGGCAUGAAUUACCUUCACCUCCACAAGAUCAUCCACAGAGACCUCAAGUCGCCAAACAUCCUGAUCACGUACGACGACGCGGUGAAGAUCUCUGACUUCGGCACGUCCAAGGAGCUCAGUGACAAGAGCACCAAGAUGUCGUUCGCCGGGACGGUGGCCUGGAUGGCGCCGGAGGUCAUCCGCAACGAGCCCGUCUCAGAGAAGGUGGAUAUUUGGUCGUUCGGCGUUGUGCUGUGGGAGAUGCUGACAGGAGAGGUGCCCUAUAAGGACGUGGACUCCUCCGCCAUCAUCUGGGGAGUGGGAAAUAACAGCCUGCAGCUGCCGGUGCCCGAUAGCUGUCCAGAGAGCUUCAAACUGCUCCUGAGGCAGUGCUGGAACUGCAAACCAAGAAACAGGCCGUCCUUCCGACAGAUUCUGCUGCAUCUGGACAUUGCCUCGGCGGACAUGUUGUCCACGCCACAGGAAACAUACUUUCAGUCUCAGGUGGAGUGGAGAGACGAGGUGAGGCACCACUUUGAGAAGAUCAAGUCUGAGGGCACGUGUCUUCACAGGCUGGAUGAGGAGCUGAUCAAACGACGCAGGGAGGAACUCAGACACGCACUGGACAUCCGAGAGCACUAUGAGAGGAAACUUGAGAGAGCCAACAACCUCUACAUGGAGCUCAACGCCAUCAUGCUGCAGCUGGAGAUUAAAGAGAAGGAGCUGCUCAAGAGGGAACAGUCGCUGGACAAGAAAUACCCAGGCUGCUUCAAGCACCACAGCUCCAGACAGUCGACGUCCUCCAACUCCAUGGAGAAGCUCAUGAAGAAACGCAACAUACCUCAGAAGCUGCCGUCGCACAGCAAGAGGCCAGACUUACUGAAGUCAGAGGUCAUCCUCCCCAAACUGGACUCUUCCAUGACGCAGGUCACGAUCCCCAACAAAGGCUCCACGUCCCCUGGACGCUCACGUCGAGGAAAGCCCCGCUACAGGAAGGCUGGGAAGGGCAGCAGCGGGGACCUGGCUCAGCUGAAGGCCACCCUCUCUUCAUCUUUAGCAAUGGUGAAUGCCACCUCAUCUGUUCCCAGCAGCAAGCACCACCUAGACCCCAGCGCAGCUCUCCGAGGCCUGCAGCAUGACCUGCUGCUCAAGAAGAUGUCCUCCUCCAGCCCCGACCUCAUAUCAACCACCCUGGAGGCCGAAGGCCGGAGGAAGGGCCAAGUGAGGCCGGGGCUGGAUAGAGCCGGCAGCCAGAGUGCCUCCGCCGGGCUGGGGGAGAGCGGGACUGGAGAACCAGAGGAGGGGCCGGAUGUGGGUGUCGGUCCCGAUGACCUGGCAGAAACGCCUCCACGCAGUGACACGCCCAGCGAAGACGCAGCUUCGGUCCCGUUCUCCAGCAGCCCCGACUCUCCUUGUGGCAGGGGGGCGACUGCAGGCAGGGCGUCCGUGCUCGGGCCCCCCCGGGCGCCCCAUGAGGGUGAGGAGAAGGAGGAGGGGAUGGUGAUAACGCGCUCCCCCAGAAGCCAGAGACUCACGCCUGCGGCGCUGUUGUACAGGGCGGCGGUCACGCGGAGUCAGAGGCGCGGCGUGUCUUCAGAGGAAGAAGAAGGAGAGGUGGACAGCGAGGUGGAGUUGCCGAGGAGACGGCGCACCGUUAGCAUGACCAAGUGCCAGUCCCUGUCCACCUUCAGCUCAGAGAACCUGUCGGUCUCCGACGGCGAGGAGGGAAACACCACCGACCACUCGCACAGCGGCACGCCGGACGUCGUCAGCACCAACACCGACGAGCGCCUGGACGACAAGAGCGACGAUCUGCUGUCUCAGGGCUCCGAGAUCCCCGCCGACCCGUCUGACCCGACCCAGCUGGGCUCGGACGGGUUGUCUGAGAAGGAGGCUGCUCUGAGACACGUGAAGACGCAGCUCAGUACAAAUGAACAAAACUACGAGGGCCUGUACGAUGACUCGGACUGUGACAGCGCAGAGCUGGACCAUUCAGGCAGUGCAGAGCCCAGCCAGCCUCCAGCCAACUGGUGAAAACACGGCACCUCAGCCCACUCAGACAACUGCAGAUGUGACCUCUGAUGCUGCCUCUUGUGUGGACAUUAAAAAGCUCUGGGUCAUGGUCAGGGACGUUGCAGAGAAAAAGGAAAUGAAGGUCUGCCUCAAUCACAUAAGGAACAUAAGACACAAGGAAAAAAAAUCUUUUAUCGUGGAAAUACACAUGAGAUAAACGCAUCACGUGGAUGUGAGCCUGAAUCGGAGCACUACAAGGCCACAGCAGCUGCCUCCUCCUUUCCCUCAAUAGCAACUGACCUAGGAUCAGCUUUGCAAAAACCCAUUAAAUGACACCUCAGUGACAUGAGCCUCAGGCAAGGAGGCCUUGACUUUCUUUUAAUUUGGAAUUUUAUAUCAUAAAUGUGUCGUGUCAUUUCACACGGUGUCAUAUGUGAAUGUGUGAUUCGUAUCAGGGCUUCCGUUACACGUCAACGUGUCAUAGGUUAACAUUGCUGUUACAGCCCCUGAUAAUGCAGCUUGCACUUAUUUUUUUUUCUGACCAUCAUUGUAUCAUAUUGUCUCUAAUUUUAUGCACUGACUUAUUUAUAGUUCAUUUACAGCUAAUUAAUGACGUUUUAAAAGCAACUUUUCCAUUUACAUUAAUUUAUAAUUGCGACAUGGAUUUUGUUGCCGUUUUCUACUUCUGUGUUUUAUUACCAGUGUAAAUAUGUGAUGUACAAUGAACAAAUUUUUAAAACGUGAGAUUGUAUAAUUUAAAGGUGCUGAUGUUUUUGAUCGGGCGGCAUUGCGCUAUUUGAAUCUCCAAAAACUCACAGUAGUAGAAUGUACUGUAGUUGCUGCUCACGGGUGAGCAUCAAAACACAGACAGCAGAGCAGCAGCAUAUGAACAAAGAAACAGCAAUAUGUCUGCGCUGCUACCGUAUGACCCGUCAUGUCACAGAUGUGGCUUCAUUCAGGAAAAACAUGCUUUUAUUGCAUGCAUUAUAAUGUUUGUUUAUUUCCUUUUCUGAGCAUCAGAACAGCUUUAUUGUGAUAAAGGUGUAUGUAUAUAUAUAUAUAUAUAUAUAUAUA